CGCUGAUGUAAAUCAAUGGGAUGUGUGCCUGCUUAUUACAUUGAUUACGGAAAUGUUUGAUGCAAGUCUUCAGCCAAUGCAAACAUAUCUUAUAAAUGAAAUUCGUGGGAUAAGAAACCAGUUGCAGCAUCUUCCAAACACAUCAAGCAUAUCCGACGAAGAUUUUGAUAUCUAUUGGGGACGCCUUGAUACAGCGACAAUGACUUUAGCUAAGGAGAUGUUUAAUGCUACACGUGAAGCAGAGUUUUGCCGGAAAAUUUGUGAUGCUAAGACUGGUCACUUACCAGAUCUUGGUGAUGCUUUACGGAUAUGGUAUGAGGAAACAAUUCGGCAAAUGGCGGACACAAUUCAGGAAAUGAAAAUCAAAUUAGACGAAGUUGGGUCCAAUACAAGGGAAGCAACGUCAAUUCUACGGAAGGUGACUGUAGAAAAACCAGGGCCUGCAGGGGACAAAAACAAAAGAAUAAAAACUGCAGACAGCAUCCUGAUGAAACUUCAAGAAAACCAACCCGGGCCCCCGGACAGAGUUUACCAGUACACAUGA